CUGAAAUUUGCGCAGUGCGCAAGACAUCUUGCGCCCUGCCGUUCUUUGUCUGUUCAUCUACUCUUUUUAGUCUUUUUCUUUUACAUUUUUCAUUUUAUGUGGUAUUGUGGUUCGUAAUUUUAUUACAUUCUGUCGUGCCGGUAGAACAGAAGUUACUGCAUGAGUUUUCUUAGGCGAUAAUUUGUACCAACAGACUCAUCAAACUGUGUUCUUUUGUGUCCGAUGUCUAGUGCUAUAAUUGCGGACACCUCCGUCGAUCCUCCAGCCAAAAAACGGAAGCUUACUCCAAAGACUGCUACCCCCGAAAUGGCGAACAAUGAAGCUUCAGGUUCAUCUCAAAUUGGCGAAAUCGACGAAGGUCUCUAUUCUCGUCAACUUUAUGUGUUGGGACACGAUGCGAUGCGCCGUAUGGCCACAAGUGACGUUCUUAUAUCAGGUUUAGGUGGGUUAGGCGUCGAAGUAGCGAAAAAUGUGAUCCUUGGCGGUGUCAAAUCGGUCACUCUUCAUGACGAAGCCCUUUGUACUAUUGGUGAUUUAUCUUCACAGUUCUAUUUUACUGAGUCAGAUAUCGGAAAAAACCGAGCAGAGGCUUGCUGCAAAUCUCUUUCUGAGCUCAAUACCUAUGUCCCCACCAGAUCUCACACCGGCCCCCUUGAAGAAAGUUUCAUUAAAAAAUUCAGAGUUGUUGUUCUCACCUCAAGUACAAGAGUAGAACAAUUACGUAUUAGUGAAAUUACUCAUGCUAAUGAUGUGGCACUAAUCAUUGCAGACACUAGGGGUCUCUUUGCCCAAGUGUUUUGUGACUUUGGAGAUUCAUUCACUGUUGUUGAUACCAAUGGUGAACCCACAGUGUCCACCAUGAUUGCUGAUGUCUCUACUGACAAAGAAGCUAUUGUUACAUGCAUAGAUGAUACUAGACAUGGUAUGGAAGAUGGAGAUUAUGUCACUUUCUCAGAAGUACAGGGAAUGACUGAGCUGAAUAACUGUGAACCAAUGAAAAUUAAGGUAUUGGGCCCAUAUACUUUCAGUAUAGGAGACACAACUGGAUUUACAAAAUAUGAAAGGGGUGGUAAUGUGUCUCAAGUGAAAAUGCCAAAAGAGUUACAUUUCAAACCUCUGAAAGAGUCUCUCCAGAAACCAGAUUUUCUAAUAACUGAUUUUGCCAAGUUUGAUUACCCACAACAGUUGCAUUUAGCAUUUACUGCCCUUCAUAAGUAUAUUGAAAAGAAUGGUAGAGUUCCCAAACCAUGGAAUAAUGAUGAUGCUGAAGAAUUUGUUUCCAUAGUAAAAUCAAUUGCUGUUGAUGGGUCCAAUGAUACUGAAGUUAAUGUUGGUUUGCUAGAAACAUUUGCAAAAGUAUCUGCUGGUGAUUUGAACCCUAUGAAUGCUACCAUUGGUGGAGUUGUAGCCCAAGAAGUAAUGAAGGCUUGUUCUGGAAAGUUUCACCCAAUAUAUCAGUGGCUUUAUUUUGAUGCCAUUGAAUGCCUACCUCAAGACCGUUCUGAAAUUACAGAAGAAUUAGCUGCCCCUACAGGAAGCAGAUAUGAUGGCCAGAUUGCUGUUUUUGGAAGUGAAUUCCAGAAGAAAAUAGGUGCAUUAAAAUAUUUUGUGGUUGGAGCAGGAGCUAUUGGUUGUGAAUUGCUGAAGAACUUUGCCAUGAUCGGAUUAGGAACUCAAGGCCAGAUCACUGUGACUGAUAUGGAUUUGAUUGAGAAAUCUAACCUUAAUAGGCAGUUUCUUUUUAGACCACACAAUGUACAACAAGCUAAGUCUGCUACUGCUGCAAAGGUGAUCAAAAAAAUGAACCCUGAAACCAACAUCGUCGCCCACGAGAACCGCGUCGGCCCCGAAACCGAAAGCAUCUACAACGACGACUUCUUCGAGAACCUCGACGGCAUAGCGAACGCCUUGGACAACGUCGACGCCAGAAUCUACAUGGACCGCCGUUGCGUCUACUAUCGCAAGCCGCUGCUGGAGUCCGGCACGCUCGGCACCAAGGGCAACACCCAGGUGGUGGUGCCCUAUCUGUCCGAGUCCUACAGCUCCUCGCAGGACCCCCCUGAGAAGAGCAUCCCGAUCUGCACGCUCAAGAACUUCCCCAACGCCAUCGAGCACACGCUGCAAUGGGCCAGGGACAAUUUCGAGGGGCUGUUCAGGCAGAACGCCGAGAACGCGUCCCAGUACUUGACCGACCCGGAUUUCAUGGACCGCACGUUGAAGCUGCCGGGCGUGCAGCCGCUGGAAGUCCUCGAGUCCGUCAAGUCCGCUCUGGUGGACGAGCGGCCCGAGCGCUUCGAGGACUGCGUCGCUUGGGCGAGGAACCAUUGGGAGGACCAGUACGCCAAUCAGAUCAAGCAGCUGCUGUUCAAUUUCCCGCCGGAUCAGCUGACCAGCACCGGGCAGCUGUUUUGGUCCGGGCCGAAACGAUGUCCUCAGCCGUUGACGUUCGAUGUCGACAAUGCUUUGCAUUUGGACUACGUGGUGGCCGGCGCCAAUUUGAAGGCGCACGUUUACGGUUUGCCGGCUAACAGGGAUCGGGCGUAUAUUGCCGAGGUGCUUAGCAAAGUUGAGGUACCAGAAUUCAUUCCGAAGUCGGGCGUCAAGAUCGCCGUGACCGACUCCCAGAUGGCGAUGAACGGCAACAACGUCGACCUGGACCGCGUGUCCCAGAUCAGAGAGGAGCUGCCCUCCGUGGAGGAGCUGAACGGCCUGCAGUUGACACCGCUGGACUUCGAGAAGGACGACGACUCCAACUUCCACAUGGACUUCAUCGUGGCCGCGUCGAAUCUGAGAGCGGCCAACUACAAGAUACCACCGGCCGAUAGGCACAAGUCCAAACUUAUCGCAGGUAAAAUCAUCCCUGCCAUCGCCACAACCACCUCCGUCGUCGCCGGCCUCGUGUGCCUCGAGCUGUACAAACUGACCAGGAGCAUGAAGAGCCUGGAACCCUUCAAGAACGGCUUCGUCAACCUGGCGCUGCCCUUCUUCGGCUUCUCCGAGCCGAUCGCCGCGCCCAAGCUGGAGUACUGCGGCAACCAGUGGACCUUGUGGGACCGGUUCGAGGUCCAGGGCGAGAUGACGCUGAGCCAGUUCCUGGCCUACUUCAAGGAGAAGCACAGUCUGGAGAUCACGAUGCUCUCGCAGGGCGUUUGCAUGCUGUACUCGUUCUUCAUGGCCAAGGCCAAAGCGCAGGAGCGUUUGGGGCUGAACAUGUCCGAGGUGGUGAAGAGGGUGUCGAAGAAGAAGCUGGAGUCGCACGUGAAGGCGUUGGUUUUCGAGUUGUGCUGCAAUGAUGCGGAAGGGGAGGAUGUGGAAGUUCCCUAUGUGAAGUAUAACCUGUGUUGAAUCGGGGCAGUUUUUUACAGAACUUUGCUCGUUUCGAAUUGAAUACAAGCACUUUAUUGAGGAUAUUGUGAUUUAAAUUAUUGAUAGUUUGUCGGGUGAGCAGCAGGACUUUUCAUCGUUCGUUUUGCAAGAGGGGUUAGCAUUUAAAUGAGCUGAUGCAAUAUAAAUGAUAUAACAAGUAGAGUUGCUGUUAUUUAUUGGAUAUGUAGAUCACCAGGUAACAGUUAUUAUUUUCUUAACUACUUUCAUGUGUGGAAUUAAAUUGAAAAUGUUUAUGUCUUUUGUUUCGUCAUUACUGGGUUAAACAGGGUGAUUU